AAAAUAAAUUCAUUCUCUUUGACAGACUGUCUUGCUUACACAGUAUUUCUUCAACAGCGGUGGCAACUUUGCUUUGCGAAUAAGAAAUAAUGAAGGGAACCAAAACCAAGAAAUUCUUCAAAUCCAUCCUUAUGGCAGCUCUGAUAGUUUCCAUGGCUCUUGGCAGUCCAAUAGAAGUGGAUGACGCGGAAGAUUUGAACAUAGCUGUACAACGAUGUUCCGGCAAAGGCCUUCAGCCACACCCGUUCGUCUGUCACAAAUUCCUAUACUGUUUCAACAAUGACAAUUCAGAAGUAUUCUUUCCAACCGUUGUCCUCAAAUGUCCUUCUGGAUAUGCUUUUUCGGACUCAAUUAAAAACUGUGCUCCAUGGGAGGAGGUACCAAAUUGCGCAUCAGCAGUAAACACGUCGGAGUCAAUAAUUCAGUCAAGGACUCUUAGUGGCUCGUGCCCAGGUAGCGGCGAGUACUGCGAGGACUGUAACACACUUGCUAUUUGCUCUGCAUCGGGAAGUGCUCCUGUUACAGUCUCGUGUACCGCAGCCACUGGCGGUACUCUCACAAAAUGCGAUUCGGCGUCAGACACGGCUCCUGGAACAUGUUCCGCUUCGUCCAGUAACCCUUCAUGUGUCCCCACAAGUACCACUGCUUUGCCAACAACGCCCACUACUCCUGCUGUUACAACGUCUACUACUCCUGCUGCUACGUCAACUACUCCUGCUGCUACAACGUCAACUACUCCUGCUGCUACAACGUCAACUACUCCUGCUGCUACAACGUCAACUACUCCUGCUGCUACGUCAACUACUCCUGCUGCCACAACGUCAACUACCCCUGCUGCCACAACGUCAACUACUCCUGCUGUAACAACUACCACAACCCCAAAGCUGACCACAACCACCACAGUAACAAGUGCUCCAAUUUCAACAUCCAGCACAAGCACUUCAACAAGUACAACAGCACUUCCAGCUACAGUUGUCCCAUCCACGUGUUCAACAGUUGGUGCAAAUAUUGUAGAUCCACAGGCGUUGAACUGUAAGACAUAUUACUCGUGUACCUCUGUCAAUGGAGUGCUGAAGUACGUUUUGAACACUUGCCUGGCCAACAUGGCAUUUGACCCUAUUCGCCUGAGGUGUCUAAACACAUUUUACGUCACGUGCCCUUCUUCAUCAACCUCGACCACGUCCACUUCAACCUCAACAUCUACUUCAACCACAACUUCUACUUCGACCUCAACUUCAACAUCUUCUACAACUUCUAAACCAACAACAGUACCACCGUGCUCAGCGGUCGGGGUGCAAACUCUGGACCCAAGUACUGCUGGAUGCCAAGCUUACUCUGUGUGCACUCUGGUCAAUGGAGUGCUAUCAAAUGUAAGGAUGACGUGCCCUGCUUUCAUGGCUUUCAGCACUAAAUACUCCCGGUGUUUGAAUGUAGUCUAUGUCACAUGCUAAUAUAAAUUGUGCAAAUAAAAAUUAAUAAAUAAACGCGUUUUCAAAAUUUGAUUUUGCAUACAAAUAAUAAUGCAACAUUUUAUUUCGAGUUUCGUACUUGUUUUCACAAUCCCUUGAAUUUACUUG